AUGGAGACCAAACUCCUCACGGGCAUUGAACGAGUGGGGCCCCAGUUUAGGAUCUUCUUCAUGCGCGGCAGGGGUCAGCGAUUGGCCAACAUGUUGACAUUCUUGCAACCUGCGGCUGUAGCACUCUUGGCGCAGCAGGCCUGGUCCUAUCGCAAGUCCUCGAUCUCCAUGGAACACUGGGAGCGGCCUGUGCCCACGUGCUUCCCCAUCACCAGCAUUUGCCCGGCCGGGGGCUACCGACGUCGUCAGAACUUACAUCGAUGGCUGGCCACCAGGAUCCACGCGGGAGAUCGCGUACCUGAUGUCUCUCUGCCGGGGGGUCAACAUUUGCACCAAGUGCUGAAGAAGUCGCGAGGUUUCACCUUGCUGAUCUUCGAAGGUUCGGCUCCGGAAAAUCAAGAUAUGGAGAAGCACUUGCACAACAAAGUGUUCCUCGCCGGGAGGAACCGCUGUACCAAACUUGUGGGUGCUGGAAAGAGUUGCUGA